CAGUGGCAGAGCCAGUUUCUCGUAGCAUCGGCGUGCCGGCGGCGUCGAGGCGCCCCUUCAGUAUGAAGCCGACGACCGUGCCAGCUGCAGCCGCUGCACCUGUCGUCCCGUAUAACGCGACAACUACGCUCCUCGUGCACACGGAUCAACGCUCCUGAUCGUGGAUCCCCCCAUCAGCCCCCCACCCCCCCUCGACACCGAUACUCCAUGGAUAAUACCGUGCUCCGGGCUCCGAUUUCGUUCAUCGAGAAGGACUGUGAAGAGACACCAUCACCACCGCAACGCACGUUAUAUACGCAACAAACAUCAUCGUGCCUCUGGAUAAAUCCGUUCCGUGGAUACACGUUUGGAAUGAUAUAAAGGAGGAGGUGAUCCCGUGAUACUUCCCCUCUCUUUCUUCCAGCUUAUAUACGUAUAUAUACAUAUACAUAUAUAUAUAUUCUUCCUCCUUGCGCCUCGUUCUUCUUCCUGAACGUGAACGGUGAUCGGUUUGUGUUUCGUCCACAGUGUUUAUUAUAUUAAUCGUAACCGCAGUUCUUUCUUCUGCAGUUUUCUUCCCUCGUGAUUGUUAUCCGUCGUUUCCCAUCUGCAUCUUUGAUUUGCGUGAUUCGAGGGGGGGGGUCCCUCCUCCGAGGAACUGUGAUAACGUGUGGCGAGGAAAGAAAGAGACGGGGCGCGCGGGACUGACGGUAUAAUAAAAGUGAAAACUCGUUCCUCCGGUGUUCCGUGGUUCGGCUUCUUCGAAAGAGAGGUAGAAAAGAGGCCGGCAACCAAAAAAAAAAAACCCGACCAUCGCCGCCCAACGGCUUCUUCUUGGAUAUUUCGGAAGAUAUUUCUCCCCUCCUCCCCCCUCCCCGUCGCAAGGUAUCGGUUGGACCCCGAUCGAGGCAGGGCCAGCAGCGUGGCGGAGCAUCAGUGGCGAGUCCCCGUGAUGCCACCGCCGCCGAUUGCUUGGAAUCGUUAGCAACGGGCCCCGAAAAAUGGCCUCGAUCUUGGGAGACGGGACGGACCCAGGGGGCUCGGGGCCCUCCCGAUGCCUGUUGCUCCUGCAAAGGUCCCUCGCGAUCCAGCUGACCAGAGGCCCGCCUCCGCAGGUUCUGAACGCGAGCCAACGCGAGAGUCCCAAGGAGCAUCCAGCCGACGAGAUGUGGAUGUACGAUAAAGGUUACAAUUUGUUUCAGAGUUUCUUGGAGGCGAACUCGAAAUGCUGGUGGAACGCAGCCCUGGUGGACGCAACCCGGCAACUCAGGUACAAGGGCCACGUGUCACCCGGCGUGCUGAUGGUCGGUGGACCACCCUGUGCCCUCGAGGUCUUGAGGGCAGCCUGGGCUAGGAACGUCCUACGACCGCCUGCCGAUCACGCGAUAACUUGCCUCGGCGAUAUCGAGGACUGCCUGGUUGCCCCGGUGGCCCAAGGGCAAUUCACGCCGCUACCGGAAGCUCUUUGUUGGGCCAUUUUGGAGUUGACCUCUCAGAGGCAAGCUGCCACCCUGGACACGCUCAGAUCCGCCUUGAGGAACGCGUUUCCAGCCAUGCAGAGACCUAGCCGCGAAUUGGUCUACGAUGCCCUCGCUAAACUGAUGCAAGAGAGAAAGAUCUAUCACACGUCACAAGGUUAUUUCGUGGUUACGCCCGAGACGAGGAGGCUUAGGCGCGACACAAGCAACUCGAGGAGAUGUUCGAGAGAGGUGAGCGGAUCGAGAGGUCAGGGUAGCAUGCUCAUGUCCAACGACGAGGCCAUGGCGCUCGUACACGGCGAGAUGCUAACCCUGAGGGACGGCGACGUGACGCAUCAAGCUGUGCAGACGAAUCUGGCAGACGUUAUUUGCGGAGGUAAUCCCAACGACAAAGUUCUGUUCGCAAGAUGUCGAUCGAUGCCGGGUCGCCUGGAGAGGCGACAUUCUCUGCGACUAUGGGGAUCCGCCAGACGUUUACACAGAAGCGGAAGUUCACGGUCUUUGCCACGAAGGCCGGAAAGAAGCGACACCUCGUCGAGCGCGGAGUACGCGAGCACGGACAGCGCGCCCCAUAGCCCAACCAAGAAAAUAGGUCUACUCUCGAGGCUGUUCCGACGCAGUACACGAAGAAAGGGCGCACCGUUAAUGGGCACGUUCAGCGCCCAGUAUCCCCCUACCGAGUGGUUUAAUCCACGCGUCGUUCACCUGCACAGCGUAGCCACGCAAACGAGAGCCGCUAGCCCCUCGAUGAUGGAGGGUCUAGAUCAAUCGCAGGCCAGUUUCCAAGUAUGGGAUGAUUCGAGCUCCGUGCGAUCCGCCACACUGCCCAGGCGACAUCGACGCCAGGCAAGCGGCGAUUCCUCUAGUUUAUUGGCGAACUCGACGCCAAGGAGUUCCAGACGACAUCGAUCACCGUGUUCGACACUGCCCAGAUCAAAGUGCUCCAGCCUGAGCAGAUGUACGUCCAGAGCUUCUGUCCUUCCCCCGACCACGAACCAAGAACCGUAUCAGACGCGCAAUCAAACGCAAAACGGGAAAAAUUCGGCCAACUCGUCGCCGAGUCGAAGCGGCGGAAGUUCCGGAUCCGUAAGAACGACGAACGCGAGCCCAGCGAAAACGGCCACGUUGGGCAGAUCCAGCACGAGACAAUCCAACUCUAGACGACCCAGCCACGAUUCCACUGGAAGCGGUACGAAAUCGAACGGAUCGCCUCAGCAUAAGGUGCUACAAAAGACAUCGUCCGGCCACUCGUCCCACUCCAGUGGAAAAUCGAUUUCGAGCGGGAAACUCUCGUCAUCGCCCUUGAAAACGUCCACGUUACCAGCGAAAUCUUCCCCGCUGAAAAUGGUUCAACAGGGAUCCCUGACCCCUCUACAAGAGGCGCAGAAUUCCAUAACUCUGCAAGUAUCGACGAAUCUAACACCGGUCAGUCCAUCCCAAGAUCAGCAUCGCUCGAUUCAGAACAGCGUAACACUUGCCUCGAACGCCACAAGCACGACCACCAUCUCCGGCUCACCUGGGACAAAGAUCUACGUCCAACAAAAUAACUCCCCAAUGAGAUCGGUGAUCACGUUCGAAAACGGCACGGUGAAGACGAAAUUGGCCGAAAAGGAGACUAUGGACUGCAAGGAGAAACAGGAUCGCGAAUUGAUCACCGAGAAACUCUAUAAAAGCAAGAUAGACGAGGAGAAAUUAUUCAAAUCGAAACUCGACGAGGAGAAGUUGAACAAGUCGAGCAAGAUCGAACGGCCUUCCUCCCUUUACGCUUCCAAAGAAUCGAAACCGAGCCUCCUGUUGUCCGAGUCCGAUAAAGAGAACAAACCAAAAGUGGAGGAGGAAGUGCCUAACAAAUUGAAACUGACGAAUCGGCUGAACAACAGCCAGGCGCAUCUGAUUGACGGAUCCACCAACAACAUUGACAAGAAUUCUCUGGUCAACGAGCAAUCCGGUAUGAAGAACACGAACGACGCCAUGAACAACUCGAGAAAAUUGAGCCUAUCGUUAUCGAAAGACGCUUUAAGCUACAGGAACCUUCUCCGUCCGGGUUCGAAGAAUAACAUCGCGUCGAAUCCACCCUCGCCUACGAAAUCAUACGAUGGUUUCGGUGGAUCGUUCAACAACGUCUAUAUAGAGAAUCUCGAAGCUACGAAGCAGCAGAGGGCGCCUCAAGGCUCGGAGCCGAACUUGGAGAAAACGGUCAGUCGGGGAGAUCUGUACACGUAUCCAAGUUUGAGCGAUAUGCAGGUUCAAUUCACCAGCCUGGCGGCGCAAAAGAUUCUAAAAGGUUGCCCAAUAAACAGCGUGGACACGUUGGUCGAAGUCAACAUGGCGGCUGCCGAGAAGCCGAACAACUGCGACGUUACUGUUCACACCGACUUUGGACUCGUUUAAAAUUUUCGUUCGUUUCUUUUUGAUCGGGAAAAACUUGGCCUGGUUCUCUCCAUACGCGUUUUUCGUACAGUGAAAGGUUGAACUUUAGCACGAUGAACUUGUCGGUAUCUCGUAUGCUUGCGUCGUGGUAGAUAUGUUAAAUAGCAAACGGAUGAACGGAUGUACUGCUUAAGCAUAUAGAGAGAAUUGUAAACAGUUACCAAUAAUAAAUAAACGUUUGUUAUGCUCAUCGAGUAUAUAUAUAUAUAUAUGUAUCGCACGAUCGCAUGUUAUCUCUUUAACCCGAACAAUUUAUAAGAUCCGAUUCAUUCAUGUUAAACCAUCGAUUAUCAUCCAGGUGAUUCUCGAACAUUGUGCUUCCAUUGAUAUCAUCUAUAUGCUUACGCGGAUGAACGUUCGAUAAUAUUGUAUAAAAUAAAUCCCAGCCAUUCCACAGAGAAUAUUCAUUCAUAGCUUAUUCAUAGUUGCUCACAGCUCAAUAAUCCGGCGAAAUAUAUAUUAUAUCCAAGCGAUAACUUUUAUUCGCGUGAUAAUUUAAGUUACGGAUAUCUGAAUGCUCGUUGCAUUGUCGUUGCUCUCAUCGUUCGUUCAUUGGCCAUUCUCGUUUUAAAACUUAUCAUAUCAAGAAAAAUCGAAACAUUUAUUUGGUGUAAUUUAUAAAAUUAUAAAAUUAUUCGUGACUUUUAUUUUUUUCAUUACACGCACUUAAUCGAUCAAUAGAACAAUGCAUUGCGUGCAUCAGAUUUCAUCGUGCCUCCAUUGCCUCCGUUUUUAUUUUUUUCUUUUCCCUUCUUUUUUUUCCUUUUUUUUUUUUUUUUUUUAAUUUAACGUAAUACACGAAAUGAACAAUAAACGGGUACCACAGCGUCGUAACGUUAGCAGUUUUGCAUCGCUUUACCGAGCUAAAGCGAUUUGCUAAAGCAAUACUUCACGUACGAUAGCCUGACAAUUUGCCUUAUUCGAAUGAGAGAAAAAGAGAGAAAAAAAAAGAGAUAGUAUUUUAUGCAAAUUUCAAAUACUGCCAAUUUUUCGUAGCGUCGAUUUAGGAUAACAAUCAACAACCUGAGGGGAAAUCGAAUCUUUAUAAAAAAUAUAAAAAAAAAAGAAACAAUAAUUUAACGUGCACUAUUCGUUCAUUUCGAGUUCAAUAGUCAUACAGAACGAGAGCCUGUAAGCGUUAGGCGAUAUUUUUUGUUUCGGUCGAUAUGCCAAAGUAGAGAGAAAAAGUAUAGUGCAGUCAAAUUUUUUUAGAAUUUAGGAUAACAUUAUUGACUACACAAACGCAAGAAUAUAUAUUACAAGUAUUAAAAUCGAAUAUGAUUACCGUAUUUGUAAUGAAUUCUCAUUAAAACGGGUAAAAUUUGAUAUAAAUGAAAUUCUCACGGAUAAUCACUGUAUACGUAUAAAUUUUAUAUCUAAAUUAGAGCUUUUAUAUACCUCUGAUAAAAUUGUAAGUGAAAUAAUUUGGAAAAAAUUUUAAAUCAAAAUUGUCGUUUAUAUGAAAAAAAGAAAGAAGAUAUACAUUUGAACUGAAUUUUGCGCAUGCGCAGAAUAUUUAUAUCGAAUGAAAUAAUUAUGGCGCGAAAAUAUAAAAAAAGUCAACUACAAUGUUACGAAAUUAAUGACACACAUACACAGAUACACACACAAAUACACGUAUAUAUAUAUACAUAUAUAUAAUGAAAAGAGGUGCAUUUCCUUAUUGAGAAAAUAAGAAAUACCAUUUUAUAAUUAGCGCAAUGAUAAAUCUAAGUGCCAAAAUCAUUAAUAGUACUUAAAUCGCCUUAAACCGCUUGCAGUGCGACCUCGUGGCGUCAUACUGCAACGAAGUCGCGAUGUAAACGAGUUCUCCGUAUAAAGUUCGAAUUACAAUAUUAAUCUUAAACGUCAGACAUAUAGUCGUAAGACGAUAGAUAAGUGGGUACCGAUAAAUGGAACCUGCUUUGUAUAUUUCGUACGUUGUAUUACCGAUUAACCGAUAGUUUUCGAUACACCUCUAAGUCUUCCAGUUUUUACGAAAAUGGAAGGACAGCGAGCGUUUUACGUCCUUAUUUCUUAUCAAAACUAACUUGUAGAGUACAUGUAA